GGCGGCGGGGCCAGUCAAAGUGGCUCCCAUAGGGAGAGGCGGCGGGUCCGGGCCGGCGCUGCGGGAGAGGGAGGGAGGGGGCGCGGGCACCGGGAGCCCCAGGGUCUCCCUCCGUCCGUCCGUCCGUCCGUCCGUGCCGCCGCGGGUGCGCCCCUCUCGCUCCCUUCCCGGCGUGCGCCCGGCUCCGGCAAGUCGCUUCCUGCGCUGCUGAAGGAGGGAGGAGAGAGCGCUUCGGCUGGGAGAGAAGAGAAGAAAAGAGGGAGAAAAGAAAGAAAGAAAAGAGAGAGGGGGAAAGGAGAGGGAGAGAGAGGGGGGGAAAACUUGCCUCUCUUGUCACUGGAAAAUGACACUUGAUGUAGCAGAGCCUGCCGCAGCUCCCGUCCGUCCUAUUGUUUCUUAAACUGCCAGCCGAGAUUUUUUUUUCUUUUUUUUUUUUUUUUCCUCUUUGCCUGCUGCCAUCCGAGGGGUGUCUUCAUACAAAAGGGACUUCAAGUACUCCUCCGGCUUGUGAGCGCUGCAGCCAGCCCCCAGCACCCCGCAAGCCCCUCCAAGCACCCAAACAAACUGCACACGCAGCAAACAGCAGCAACAAAACCGGGCUCUGAUUGCCUCUGGAUUUUUUUUUUUUAAAUGUGCGUGCCUGUGUUUGCUUUCUCUGACUUGCUUUGAUUCCCGAGAUCAGCUGCAGAGAGAGAAAGAGAGAGAGAAACAAAAACACACAUAACAGUCCGCCUGGCGAUUUCAUCACUAUAUAUAUAUAUAUUUUUUUUUUUUCGAGUAAAGAAGGAAGAUUUGCGCUCUUGUUUCUGAUUCAUGUUUGGGAUUCAGGAAAGCAUCCAGCGGAGUGGGAGCAGCAUGAAGGAAGAGCCCCUCGGCGCGGGGAUGAACGCGGUGCGGACGUGGAUGCAGGGAGCCGGCGUCCUGGACGCCAGCACGGCCGCUCAGAGCGGAGUGGGUCUGGCCCGGGCUCACUUCGAGAAGCAGCCUCCUUCCAACCUGAGGAAAUCCAACUUUUUCCACUUCGUCCUGGCUCUGUACGACCGGCAGGGGCAGCCCGUGGAGAUCGAGCGCACCGCCUUCGUGGGCUUCGUGGAGAAGGAGAAGGAAGCCAACAGCGAAAAGACCAACAACGGGAUCCACUACCGCCUGCAGCUGCUCUACAGCAACGGGAUCAGGACGGAGCAGGAUUUCUACGUUCGCCUCAUCGACUCCAUGACCAAGCAGGCGAUAGUGUAUGAAGGCCAAGACAAGAACCCAGAAAUGUGCCGAGUUCUGCUCACGCAUGAAAUAAUGUGCAGCCGCUGUUGUGACAAGAAAAGCUGUGGCAACAGAAAUGAGACUCCAUCAGAUCCAGUGAUAAUUGACAGGUUCUUCUUGAAAUUUUUUCUCAAAUGUAACCAAAAUUGCCUAAAAAAUGCAGGAAACCCUCGAGACAUGCGUCGAUUUCAGGUUGUGGUGUCUACAACAGUCAAUGUUGAUGGCCAUGUGUUGGCAGUGUCGGACAAUAUGUUUGUGCACAACAAUUCUAAACAUGGGCGGAGAGCUCGAAGACUCGAUCCCUCGGAAGGUACGCCUUCUUAUCUGGAACAUGCAGCUACACCAUGUAUCAAAGCCAUCAGUCCAAGUGAAGGAUGGACUACAGGAGGUGCCACUGUCAUCAUCAUAGGAGACAAUUUCUUUGAUGGGUUACAGGUCAUAUUCGGCACCAUGCUGGUUUGGAGUGAGCUGAUUACUCCUCAUGCCAUCCGUGUACAGACGCCUCCCCGACAUAUCCCAGGGGUUGUAGAAGUCACAUUGUCCUACAAGUCUAAGCAGUUUUGUAAGGGAACACCUGGAAGAUUCAUUUACACAGCUCUGAACGAACCCACCAUUGACUAUGGUUUCCAAAGGUUACAGAAGGUUAUCCCCCGGCACCCUGGUGACCCCGAACGCUUGCCAAAGGAAGUAAUACUUAAGAGGGCUGCUGAUUUAGUAGAAGCACUCUAUGGUAUGCCACAUAAUAACCAGGAAAUAAUCCUGAAAAGAGCAGCAGAUAUCGCAGAAGCACUCUACAGUGUCCCCCGCAACCACAACCAGCUCCCCGCCCUUGCUAACACGUCAGUCCACGCAGGAAUGAUGGGAGUGAAUUCCUUUAGUGGUCAACUAGCUGUCAAUGUUUCCGAAGCCUCACAGGCCACCAAUCAGGGUUUUACUCGCAACUCAAGCAGCGUGUCACCUCAUGGCUAUGUGCCAAGCACCACCCCUCAGCAGACAAAUUAUAACUCUGUCACAACAAGCAUGAAUGGCUAUGGGAAUGCUGGAAUGUCAAAUUUAGGCGGUUCUCCAACCUUCCUGAAUGGAUCUGCUGCCAAUUCUCCCUAUGCCAUUGUGCCAUCAAGUCCAACAAUGGCCUCCUCCACUAGCCUCCCCUCAAACUGUAGCAGUUCGUCUGGGAUUUUCUCCUUCUCACCAGCCAACAUGGUCUCAGCGGUGAAACAGAAGAGUGCUUUUGCGCCUGUUGUGAGACCGCAAACGUCUCCUCCUCCCACCUGCACCAGCACCAACGGCAACAGCCUGCAAGCUAUAUCUGGUAUGAUUGUUCCCCCCAUGUGAAAGAAUUGCCUUGAAGAAUUUUAUUAAUGAAGAGGUUGAAUUCUGCUUCAGAGAGAAUCUGAUACAAGUCCCAGAGUGGAACUUUUUACUCAGGCCUUUUUAAAAAUAAAAAAGAAAUAAAGAAGAAUCUUACAAUAACUGCAGAUUUUUAAACAAAAAAAAAUCACCAUCCUUGCAAAUACUGAAAUUAACAAUCUGCAAUUGCAAGGUGUUGAUUCAAGCUGUCCAUCCCAAAUAACUGGGAGAUAUAUUUAUUGUAUGUUGAUAAAAAAAAAAAAAUCCACCUUUUUUUGUUUAGUUUUGUUUUGUUUUUGUUUUCUGGGGUUGGGGGCUUUCUUUUUUUUUCUUUUUUUUAAAGGCUUGAUUUAACUCAAUACCAUUUGUCUUUUAUAAAUCAUCCAAUUACGCGAGGGACACUAGCAAUGGAACUCCACAUUUUUAAUUUAUGAAUUUUUUUAAAGCUGUGUAAAGAAAAAUGAAGUGGUGUCAGUUACAUACAAGUCUGUAUGGGACAGAAUAGAAGUGCCAGUUAGUUUUUCGUAGAAGAAUUAUGAUCAUGUAAUUAAGGGUCGGCUCAUACAGGUUGCUUAUCCAGUGGUGAUUUGCUAAUACGAUGCAUUUUUAAUGUUCUCAUUAAAUAGAUAUCACUCCCUAGAAAGCUGGUAUUUUUGGAUGGUGAGGGCAGGAUGAGGGGUGGGAUUCGUAACCUCUGUCUUUGCUAUUGGGCUAAAUAAGUGUGUAAAUAAUGCAACAAAAAAAGUUGCUGAAAGAUUAGGUAAGGACACAAAUAAACACAUUUCCUCUUGAGCUCAGAAUCCAGUUCUUCUAGAUAUACCGCUAAAACCGCAGGAUUAGAUUAUCACGGCUGUCUUUAAUUUAUAUAUCAGACUCUCCAAAUGAGUGGCCUUCCUGAAGUUUAGUGUCGCCGGAGCUGUGCAUAAAAUGCCAUUUAAAUUUUGCAUAGCCUUCACAAGACACAGACUGUGGCCAUCACCCAAAGGGUGUUUUUGUCAUACCCUGGUUCCUCUUGAUCUAUUUGUUUUUAUGGGGCAGAAUGAGAAAAGGUUCCUCUGCAGUUCUGAAUCCUCCCAAUGUAAAAGCACACAUUUUUGUCACCUUCCUGCUAGGAUUGGUCCUGUAUCGGUCGACCCUCUCAGUUUGUAUCAUAAUAUAUUAAGCAACAGGUAACUGCUUUUGAAUAGUCAAAUGAAAACACAAGUUUGGGGCAUGGGGGGGGGGGGCUGUUAGGAAGAUUUCAAAUCAAAACCAUAGCUUCUGUUUUACAAAAAAAUUUGCUAUCAUUACCUGGGAAGUGUUCUUAAAAACUAUUAGUCAGAGAGGCAGCAAAGCUCUGAAGAUACAUUACCUGAUAUUUUUUCUUUGCUGUUGUGUUUUGUAUGUAGUUAUAAAUACUGUAGAUUUUUGUGAUUUUUUGCCAAAGUUGUUGUUCUAUUUAUACAUUUUAAUGUCUUAAGACAGUUUUUCAAUAUCACAAUAAAGAAUUUUACUGCAUAUUUUGCAAAAAGAGCUCACUACCUUUAGCUUGCACAUACUUGCAAAAUUAAUUAAAGAAAAAAAAAGCUUUUUGUUUCCUGGGGUUUCUUUUUUGUUUGUUUGUUUUAAAGGGGAUUUUGUAAAAUAUCCAUAUAAAUAAUGUAUUUAUCUUUGGAAUUUGUACAUUGCUUUUUUUCCCCUACCCCAGUUUAUUUUAUUGUGUAUGUUUGCUAUGUGAAAAGUGCUGAUUUGUUUGGUCAUUCACCGUUGUAUUAGCUGUUCAAAUGUGAUUUUAAAACAUUUCAUUUAUAGUUUUUUUUUUUUUUAGUAUUGUUUAAAAUCAUGCUUCCAUUUUUUUUAAUUUCCACCCAAAAGCCAUUGUCUAUUUUUGUAUUAUUUGUAAGUUAAGAAGUUUUUUCCAAUAUAUGGCAAAAGGUAGCAUAUUAUUCUUGUAGCAUUUAGUUAUGUAGAUUUAAAAAAAAAUGUAUCCUUUGCUUUUGAAGCUUAACAAAAACUAAUGCUGUUUUACUCUAUUAAUAUGCAUGGGAUUUCUCCUCUUUGGAGUGACGCAUUUUUGUGCAUUAAAUAUGGGGAGAAACUUCAUAGAACUCAAUGAAAAUACUUUCUUUCUUAAGUCUGCUUGUAUAUUUCUCUGUCUUUCACAUAAAUAUAAACCAGCAGAUUGGAUGCCUUAACAAUGCAAAUCAUAUUCAUUUCACUUGUACAUUGUACUGUGCACCAGAACUGUCAAUCAUCACUAACAUUCUAAGAAAAAAAAAAAAAGGAAUUGAAAAGCACAAAAGAACUGUUUUGUUACCUUAAAACAAUAUAACUUUUUUCUAGUCGAGCAAGAAAUCAUUUACAACGAUGCUGCAACUGUGCAUGCUUCCUGUAUGAAUUUUGCAAUGGUUUUCACUAGAACGUCGCAGUGUGAUCUUUUAGGGGAAGGGAAAAAAAACAGGAUUUUUUUUUCAUGGUGAGAAAAUAAAAGGAGAAAAAACUGGAAAAUGUGAGAGACAUCAGUUUAUUGCUUUUGUGUAUUCCAAGCAAUUAUUCUAAUUCACAUAGUAAGCAACAGCACGACAAUGUAAUCAAAUUUAAAGCCAUAUUUUGUCCAGUGACACCAUCAAUUACUCUUGUAGAGCUCCACUCAAAGUCAUAGCAAUUUUAACACCAGUGUUAGCCAUCUAUGUUUGUAGUCUUCUGCACCAGUGUCCAAAGAUCCUUUGACAAUGUGCAUAAUUUUGUUUUGUUGCAGCUAUUUAUAGUGAUCUGAUGAAUGGGACUUUAUAAAAAUUCCCCUGCACCACCCUUAUCUUUUACAAAGUAAAAGAUGCAGCUGUUUACAGAAUAUGGCUUUAAGUGGAAACGUCCAGAUUUCAGUUUUAAAAAGGUGAAGCUUCACAAUGACUGGAUUGCAUAACGUAUGCCUAUUUCCUCACAGUUGUACUAGGAUGCAGCUAAAAUGAAGUCAUCUCUGAAACUACUAACCUUUCACCUUCUUAUCUAAAUCUUUUUGAAUAGACACACACACUGUACAGUUCUAUUGUUAGAGAAACUAACUACUGUAGAGAUUGUUAUAAUUUUUUUGCAGAAAUUCAAGCUGUAAAAACUUUUCAACUUUCACAAUAUUUAAUUAAAGUUACUUCCUGU